GCUCACUUUACUGUAGUUACGCAUGUUUUGUUCCUGAAACCGCUCCAUGUUGCAUUUGAGAAAUGCGCCGAGUGCUGGGAGAGAUCACAAAUAUCGAACCACGAAGGGAGUUAAAGCUGCAACAGCCAAAGGAAGAACUUGGCAGGAACCGUUUGAUUGAAGACUGUUCCCAGAGGCUCUACACUCUUUGGAGAGAUCUCAAGCGAGGCCCUGCAAACCUUGAGUACUUGCAGCAGUUGUUUCCUGAUUGUCAUCCACCUGAUGAUUUCCAUCCACCUGACCAAUUUUUGGAUAACGGGAGUGACCCGAGUGACCAAGCUCCAUGUGGUCACGGUCCUCGGGGUGGCGAGCUGUCCUUUCUACAAGCGGCUUUGCGAGGUAUCGAUGUCGGUGACAGUGAAAUUGCCGCGCAUUCCCACCGUACAGUUCCAAGUUGCCAGGGUUUGUGCCCAGCAUGCUCCGAUACCACUCCGCAAGCUCCUCAAUUAGGAAGGCGCGUUUGGCCAAGUCGAAUCAGACAGUCUGAGUUGCUUGCUUCAGCGGGCAGUGACGAUUGCGGUGAUGAGCAUCCCAAGCAGGACACAGACUCCAGAGGACAACGUCCAGAGGGCAGAGCGUUGGGAUCACCGAGUCCCACGAGGAGGUGGCUAUGCCAAACUCCCACAACUUCUGAUUGGCCAGUCCAUUCUGAUUGUGGUUGUAUUUGCGAAGAGCUGCAAGAUACCUCCAAGGAGCCAGUUGAACCACACAAUCAAAUUGGGAGAAACACUCGUUCCACCAAAUCCAUGGACUGGCUCUUUGCAGCUGAGAGGUUUCGCCCAUCAGCCAGAAGCAUUCUUUGCAGGAUUGGAGCGGUCGAGCAGGCACUUGCAGUGGAUUGGCUACUCCAAACAUGUCAAGCGAUGAGCUUUCCAGAGGUUGUGGCAUUUGCAGCCAUAUCGUUGUUAGACCGCUACUUGGAAACCUUGCACACAGCUAUUCCCCUUGAGCAAAUGCAGGUUGUAACAUUGGCCGUGACAUGCACUGCCUUGAAAUUACACGGGCUGGGCGAGGUUCCAGUGCCUUUGCGGGAUGUUCUUGUACACUUAGGUCAGUACAAUGUCCCAAUCAAACAGAUUUUCCAAAAGGAGCGAGAGGUUCUGGAUGCUUUGGACUUCGAUGUUUCUGCUCCGACUGUGAUGGAUACACUUGGACUCUUAGCCUUCAGAUGCACAACAGCAUCGAAGGAAAUGGGAUGUGGUCUUUGUGCGGCUUGCGGUGACACUGUUUGGCAGCUGGCGGAGUUUUUCUUGCACUUGGCUGCGCGGAAGGUUGAACUGUACUAUGAGUACCCUCCAACAGCUCUCGCUGCUGGCGCAGCCUAUUUAGCUUGGUGUCAAGUUCCAAACAGGCCAUGUCACGCCCAACAGCGCAAGUUACGGCGGAGUCUUCGGACUGUUUUUGAAGACCAAGCCGCCCAAGCCGCCCAAGCCCAUCGAGGCGUAGCAAAUCGGUGCCACUACAGCAUUUGAUUAUUGAAAGUGAGACAUGAUUCCAAACAUGGUGGCGUGACAGAUGAAGUACUGUAAGUGGCUGUGCUGUUCUGCUGAUUUCAAGGUUGCCAG